AUGAAUAUUAAUAGUUUAUCAAUAGAUAGUUUUAGAAAAGUAUUUAAUAAUGAUUAUUUAUGGAAGUUUAGAAUAGGUAAAUUGAUUAGAUUGAUCAACAUUCAAGUAAACAAUCAAAGUUUUAGAAUUGAUCAAUUGCUAAACGAUGAGUUCUUGUGUGAUAGAGGCAUGUUUGGUUUGUUGAAACACUUGGUGGUGGAUCAAUCAGAUGAACAAAAGAAACGACUACUAGAGGUGUAUGGAUGUAAUGCUUGUCAUUUUACUACAAGGGCAAUAUACUCUUUUCUAAAGAAUAACACUAGGUAUCAGAUUUAUUUGGCAAUCUAUCAACGAUACAGUCAUCUAUUUGCAUUGGCUAUAAAGAAUGGACUGAAUUAUCGAGCUGAAUCAUUGUCUGAUAUUGCAUGUCUGUCUGGUCAAUUGGAUAUAGUUAGACAUUUAGUAGAACAAUGUAAAUCUCCACUCUCGAAAGAAAUAUCACUCACCUAUGCCAUUCAAUCAAAGAAUAUUGCAUUGAUAGACUAUGUACUAGACAGACAUGGUGAAACGUUUGGUUUGUGUCAAGAUGACUAUCAACGAAUCAUACAUCAAUCAGUUCGUACAUUGUCGAUGCCAGUCUACCAACUCAUCUCUAGUAGGGCACCACCGGGUGCACCAAGUAUCAAAGUAUUUGAAGAAGAAUCGGUUUUAGUGAAUAAGGCAGAAUUGUCAUUUAUCAAGAUGCUUUUCAAUCAACAAAGAAUUACAUUGCAGAGUAAUGCAGUUUACCAAUUUGCAUUGAUUCGUGGAGACAUGCAAAUAUUCAACUAUGUAUUGGAAAAGAACCAACAACCACCAACAUACGAAAAUUGGUUAGACCAUGCAUGUCAGUCUCUCGACUAUGACUUUAUCGACAUGUUGGUCACUCGAGUCAUUCCAAGAGACUGUCCAGUCCCAUUAUUCUCUUUUACAGCUGUCAACAUACUUGCAAAGGCUGGUAGAGCUGAUAUACUCCAACUAUUAAUAGACUCGUAUCAGUCGACGACGAGACAUUCCAACCUCUUUAAAUUAACACUCAAAUUGAUAAAGACUAUCAUAUCUCAAGGUCAUAUUGAGGUUCUCAAACUGUUACUUUAUCCGACCAGUGGUAUACUAAAUGACGCAUCAUCAGUCACAACUGCUCUAUUGGAAUCUCUAAAAUACAAUCAUUUAGAUAUAUUUUCAUUGAUUGUAGAAAUGAUAGAAAAAGGAAAAGGAAGAGGAGGAGGAGGUAAAAGAAUGACACAAAGAGAAUGUAUUGUACGUCUUGGAAGAAUACCAAUAUCAACAAUACUCCAAGUUUUGGAUCCCAAUACAAACAACAAAAUGGGUAUUGUCAAAGGAUUGGGAAUAGAUUUAAAUAAUAAUAUUCUUCAAGACUUGGUUUCUCAAAAGUUUUCAAGUAAAUUUAUUUUGAAAUAUUAUUAUCAUUUUAAAAAUCAAAAUCAAAAUCAAAAUCAAAAUAAUAAUAUUGUUCAACCAAAAAUAUUAUCAAUUAUAUUAAAUAAUUAUGAAGAUGAAGAAUUGGAUACUCUUUUGGAUUGUUUUUAUCAACCAAGUUUCGAGUUGACUAAAUUGUAUUUGGACAAAUUAAUUGGUCAAGGUAAAAUUGGUGCAAUCAAGAAAUUGAUUAGUUUGGAUAAUAGUAGUCAACUAACCACCACGGUUGUUGGUGCUCAGCAUUAUCAACGUGGACUAGGCAACGCAUCAAUCCAAGGAAAUUAUCAAUUGAUUAAAUGGUUGGUUACUGAUCCACAAUGUCAUCUCUCAUCCAAAUGGUCAACAGAUCACGACACCAUACUUAACAUAUUGAUGGGUGCAGCAGAAGGUGGUCAAGUCAAUAUCAUUGCACUAUUAUUAAAGAAUUGUAGAGUCGAUCAACCAUUUAAUUAUAUUCAGAUUUUUGAAAAAGCAAUCAUGUCAAAUCAAACAAUCGUUGCCAAAUAUUUCUUACAAAAUGGUCUCAUUACUCGUUCCCAACUACUCUCAAUUCCCCAAUUUGACCUAAGACUACAACUUUACAUGAAUUGGGAAUUAAUUGAUUUUAUUAAACAUCUAUAG